AUGUCGGCUGAACAGAGAUCUUGGGCUUUGCAUGGCUUCGAAUUAGGAAAAUCCCUAGACCAACAAAUUCAAUCUCGAGUCGAAGAAGGCUAUGGUCUUGUAACUAAUAAUUAGAAUCCUACUAGAAACUCAGAACUAUCAAAAAAAUAUGAAGGAAUCGGGAAUAUAUGAAGCUGAAUAUCAAGAUUUCCCAAUAUUUCUUCAGCAGAAGGCAUUUUAAAAAUAAUUGAGUCAAGCGAAGGGGCAAGCAAAACUCAUAACCAAGGGUCAAAUGUGGUUUAUUCCAGCCCAGAAAGAAGCAAAUGUCUUGCAUUAUGCGGAUGAGGAGACCUCUCAGACAAAAGAAACCUUGAGGCAGUCUGCAAAUCUUUAGAAGACCAAGGAAAUUGCACAAAAAGUGCUAUGCUAGCUACCAUGAGUUUUAAUCUUGAAAGAGCUUGCACAGCCUUGAAAUCAGUGGAGUCUGAGCAUUAUGCAUUAGUUUCGAUAUUACAGACAAUGCAGUUUGAUGAUUCUCAAGCAAAAAUUAAACAUUUAUAUCAAAGAUUAGCUUCUCAGAUACCUGAUAUAUAUGCGAGCUCGAUACUGAGGUUUUUAGCAGGUCCAGAAGAAUAUAAUAGAAUACUAUCAACGCUUGCAAUUUCAGAUAAGGUUGGCUUUGGCUGCCGAUUUCUAUCAGAUGCUCAAUUAAGAGCUUUUUUACGAACUGAGCUAGAAAAUGCUAAAGAGCAAGGAAAUCUUGAUGGUAUCAUGAUUUCUGGAUUUACGAUAGACUCAUUGCCAAUUAUGAGGAAUUAUCUAGACAGAACUGGUGAUGUCCAAACGACAGCUUUAUUAUCAAUUUUUGCCCAAAGCUCGUUUACUAAUGACGAUCUUCAAAGUUGAUCUAGCCAUUACAAAGAAAUUCUAAACAGACUUGAAUUGUGACACGCAAGAUGCAAGCUUGAAAUUGAUGAAAGUGAAAUUAUCAAAAAAACAAAAGAGAAAGGAAAAGCAAUGAGGUGCUAUUAUUGCGGGAAUUCUUGGGUUGUCCGAAAAAACCAUCAGUUAUUUUUGGUGCCUUUUUUCCAAUCAAAAUGAUGGUAAAUUAAAAUUCCUGGGUUUUCCAAGUAAAACCUAAAUGAUUGCUUUCAGAAAAAAAAAACAAAUGGUUGUUUUGCAAACUAUACAGGAAAAAAAAAUACUAUUAAAAGUAUUUUAUCAGAUUUAAUUAUCACAAAUAAAGAUAAAUCUGCAGAAAUUAGAUAAAUAAUAAUAGAGCUACUAAAGUUAAAGUUUAAUAACCAAAUGCUAAAUGAGUAAAAUUAUAUCAUAGUGUUUGCUCAAAUGCAUACUAAUAACUAUUGAAAAAACCCAAAUAACAGGGAAAACUCUAAUAAAUUUUAAAUUAAUAUGUUUGCGCAGAUAAGAGUGGUCAAAGCAACGACAAAUUCAGUUUUUUUUAUGGAAAAAAAACACAUGAAAAUUUAAUUGAAAAAUAAACCAUGAUAAAACCUAAUAGUAAAUUUAUCAUCAUUAUUCCAGGAAAAAACCUUUUACAAUUUACAUUAAAUAAUGCAAUAAGCUUUAUAAAAUUAAUGGUAGAAAUGAAGUAGGAAAUGCUCACUGCACUCUUUCCCUCUUUUUGAGCUCAAAAUGACUACUAGCACCGUGAGCGAAAAAAAAUUUUUUUGCUCACGGAGGGAAAGAGAGUUUUUUGAUCGGACAACCCGGAAUUCUUUAGCUUUGCCUGAUAUGGUUGGGGUUUUAACUGUCAACAAAAGGGGAGAUUCACAUUCAAGCUCAAAGCCAAAUAUUAGUCAUUGUCCCAAUUGCCCUAAUGCGCUGCCGAGAUGUGCUAUUUGCUUGAUUCCGUUUUCUUCAAUAAAUCCGUUUUUUGAAAUGGCGAGGGCUUUCCAAAACCCGAAGAAUCCUUCACCAUCUGUGAAAUUUGAUGAGUGGUUCACUUGGUGUGAAAAAUGCCACCAUGGCGGACAUACAGGGCAUAUUCUUAAUUGGUUUACGGAUUGCAAUGAAUGCCCUGUUGUUGGGUGUAGCUGCACAUGCAAUAGUUUGGAUCCUUAA